GGAUGUCUCUAGGGGUGUGGGUGCUGGUGCCGGGCAGGCUUGGGUCUCUUCAGUGCAUGAGACAAAAAAAUUACUAUUUUAUUUGCUCCCUUGUGAGAAUGUGACAGGGGCUAAUCAGGGGCUCCCUUUUUGGGGUUGGUGGGGACACUGUCCCCCCACACUGUGAGGCAGUCCCCCACGCGUGUCCCCAUUACACAGUUCAGUGUGUCCCCACAGCUGAGCCCACCUCGAGGGAGGUGCAGGGUGCCAGGUGUCCCAGCCCCCCAUCCCGGCCUCGCUCUGUGAGAAGCGCAGCUGCCCCCAGCAGCCCUGCCCGUCAGAGGCAUCUCGUCCGGGUCACUGCCAGUGGUGGUCCUGGGGAGACAAGCCUGGGGGAACCCCCUCCACCUGCUCCUCAGUCCAGCUUGCUGCAGUCCUGGCCCCAAAGGGCUCUGGCUGAACCACAGUAGAGCUUCCCUUUCACUUUGCUUUCAUCCUGCAAAUAAAUCACCCCUCAGCAGCCUGCAGAGCAGUGGCACAGCCCAGGUCCAUCAAGAUGUUACAGGUGCCGCUGCCCCUGGAUCGAGAUGGGAUCCUCUUCCGGCUCCGUUUUACCACAUUAGCCAUUGGGACUGUAUUAUGCCCGCUCUUUGGUUUCCUUUUCUGUGUGAUCUGGUCUCUGCUGUUCCAUUUCCAGGAGACGACAGCAACCCAUUGCGGGGUCCCUAACUACCUCCCCUCCAUCAGUGCUGCUAUCGGGGGAGAGACCCCUCAGCGUUACAUCUGGCGGCUCUGCAUUGGCCUCCACUCAGCUCCCCGCUUCCUGGUGGCAGUUGCCUACUGGAACCACUACCAGAGCUGCCACUGCUCACAUCCUCACUACCUGCACUUGUGCCACUUCAACCUGCUGCUCAAUCUGCUUGAAAAUUUCGCCCUCCUUAUUCUGACGUAUGUGUCCUCAUCUGAAAACUAUGCAAUCCACGAAAAUGCCUUUAUCGUCUUUAUUACAUCGGCUCUGGGCCACAUGCUCUUAACGUGCAUCCUCUGGAGAAUGACUAAGAAACACACAGUAAGUCCUGAGGAGCGCAAGUCAUACAAGUGGAAGCAGCUGCUCUUCUUCAUCACCUUCAUCACAUUUGCAUUUGCUGUGUGUGUCUUCAUCCACCACAACUGGUACUGCAGCCCUGGAGUGUACACCAUCUUCGCCUUCCUGGAGUACUUGGUUGUCCUCUCGAACAUGGCCUUCCACAUGACUGCCUUCUGGGACUUCGGCAACAAGGAGCUGGUGGUGAGCUCGCUGCUGGAGGACAAGCACUUCUAGCCGGCCUUGAGCUGCAGCCAGCUGCGUGGCAGCCAUGGUGCCGGUGCCAGGCGGGCGCUGUUCUUUCCCUAGAGGAGGCAGAGAGCCCCUUCCCUCUCCUGCUGCUCCCAGGGCUGGGGCCAGGGUGUUUGCUGUGAAGCUGCUGCAAGGAUCAUCCCGGGGUCCUGGGCCCCACAGGUGUCUGUGCAUGGUCCCUGUCUGCACCUGGAGCUCUGGACUAUUCCUGGGGACCCUCGAGACCAGUACCCCCUGCCCUGGCUCCCUGCCAGAUACUGGCAUAGGAAGGAGGACAGAGGAGGGGGGCGGGUACCUGCUGCUUGUUUCUCUGAAAGAUGUUCUGGGCAGAGCAGGAUUCUGCUCCCAGCAUCGGGGCACAGGGGGCCAGCCUUGCUGUGCCCCUGCUUUGCCUGGGUGGCCUCAUGGUUUCUUCUCCAGGUUUGAGGUCCUUGGCCAAGGUCCCCAAAAAGGGCUGGUGGCCUUUCAGGCCUCGAAGCUUAAGGCAACCUGGGGAGAAGGGGCACUUGCUGCCCCUGCAUCUCUCUAGUUGCACCCCAAAGUGGAGCAACCCGCAGCCUUGACUACCUGGAAAGCCUUUGCUGCCGGGCUGGAGCUGGAGCAGAGUUGGGCCCAUGCUGCGGCUCCUGGGGCAGCAUCCAGGCUCCUCCUGAGCCCGAGCCCCGGGUGAGCACAGGAGCCAUGGCCAGGAGCUGGUCCCAGGCACUGCUGGUCCAUCCAGGGCUGGGGCAGGGUCCUGGCCCAUCCAUGCCUGGUUGCUGGGAAGGGAGUGUCUUCAAAGGUGCUAUCUUGUGCACAGACUGCAUGGGAACAAGGUAGGAGAGUGCAAAGGCAGGGGUGCACGGGGCACAGCAGAUGCCAAGAGCAUCCAAGCCCUCCUGCUCUGCCUGUCCCAGAAGCCAUCUCCAGCAAGCAAGGGGUGUUCCACUUCAAGCCCAGUUUGGGGAGGAGGGGCAAGUGAUGCUGGAGAUCCUCACUCUGGCAUCUGCACCCCCUGUGCCAUGGGGCUUGAGCUGGGAAGUGCUGGAGUUCAGCGGUGCUGCUGCUGCCCCAGGAGGAGAGUGCCAGUGGUGACCCCCCAGUCUGCGGGUUCUGGCUGCCAAGGCACAGGAGACUGGCAUGGCAGUGGUGCCAUCUGGGUGCUAGCAGUGUCCCCAGACUCCUCCCCUCCUCCCCCAUGCAUGGCCAGACCCCGGGCAGUGCUAGUGGAAGGGAGCUGCCACUGCUCCGGCUCACAGAGGCCACAGCCCAGGAAGACUUGGCUGCGUCCUGUACAGCGGGGCACCAGGGAGCUGGUGCUGUGCUGGGAGAGCAGCACAGGGCUCACGCCUGGAGGCUCUCUGGAAGAGGAAUGGGCAGGAACUGCAGGGAGAGGGAGAGGGCUGAGCCUGGUGGCAUCCGGAGCUGUCUUGAAUUUGGGGAGGUCUGCGUGCCACACUUGGCUGUGAAGGACCAACGUGGGUCCUUGCAGCUGCCCCUCACGUGAAUGCAGCCACCACCAGCAGUCCCUUGGGAUGUCCCAACACUUGUCACCGAGGCUGGGGCACAGCCUUCUCCUGGUGCCACCCUGGCCAGUGGCCCUGGCUGAGCCGGGCCCAGGCUGGCCUUUGAGUGGGUCCUGGCAUGCACGUGUCCAUCCGUGAGUGUUCCCACCAUGCCAUGCAGGGCUCCAUCCAUCUCCCCUGCCUGCAUGCGUGUGGCGUGCUGCCCGCUGGCAGCAUCUGCGCCUUGGUUUUGAGGUUCAAAUAAAGCACUGAGUAUUUUUGUGA